GGUGAGCAGGUAAUGGUGGCUGUGUUAUGGCUGUGUUUGCCUUGUAUUAACGCUAAUGUAAUGGCCGCCAGAUGCUUGUCAUGUCCGUGUGGAGGAUCUGGAGGGAGGGGGAGACAAGCUGAUUGGGAGGUUACGUCAGGAAGUACAGAGGGAUCACCUGCAGAGUUUAUUGUUGCUGUGUGUGUUAAAGUUUAACAACCUUGGAUCUUGAGGAAUUUGACUUUCAGUCGAUGCUCAUUUGGUCACAAGAUAAACCGACUUAGGAGACAUUGUGAUUGUGUUUGGGGAGUUAGAACACUGGUGUAUGGAUUAUUGUGGAUUGACAUUGAAAGUGGACUAUUUGAUGUGGCAGGGCCAUGCUGACACAGUUGACAGGAUAUUGUUCUUGAUCAGAUUGAUCUGUUGUGUAUUGAUCUGUGUACAUUGAUCUUUGGUAGACUUUCAAAACAUUGAUAUAUUGCUUUGAAGGAAGAAGAAAAUCAUGCCUUGGAUAAGGGGGGCUGAAACGUUUGGAUUAUUGAUGAAACAGUCUGGUGAUUGAUAUGAGAUUGAUAUGCUGAAGGUCAUUGAUCUGAAACUGAUUUUAUGAAACACAACUCGGAUGCAUGUGUUGGAUCGGAUGAAGUGACACAAUCGAGGAAAUUCCUCACACAGUAAGCAGUGGACAAGGGCCGCCAUCUAUAGAGCCACGGUGCUGUUGACUUGAGGGGCCUGAUUGAGACCAUAUAUUCGGGGGGGUCCUGGCACUACAGAAUGUGGGGGGCGUACUCCAGCACGGCCACAGUGGAGGAGGGGUGUGUCGUCCAUCUCCGGUCUGACAGCACGACCACGGACACACCUGACUUGACCUAUGACAUGAUGGAGGAUGAGCUGACCUGCCCGGUGUGUCUGGAGCUGUUUGCUGACCCCCUCAUGCUGCCCUGCUCCCACAGCAUCUGUAAGAAGUGUCUCCAGGACAUCCUCGACAACAGACUCAAGCUGGGCAAGGAGGAUGUCGAGUGUCCGUCUUGUCGCAAAUCAAUGGCUGUGGCCAACGAGAAGUUAGUGAGUCUGCCAAAGAACCUGGCUCUCGAGAACAUUGUAUUCCGGUUCCAGGAAAUACAGAGCUCGAACCUCACGAAGAGCAAGAGCCUCGACCUUGGAACAAGCUUUCAACUCAACACCUCCUCUGAUGACUGUGAUGUUCCGGUGUUCCCAGAGUACAUGAGCAAGGAUUGCGGACUUUGUGAUUCCAAAUCCCCGGCCAAAGCCACCUGGUUCUGUCAACAGUGUUCUGUGUUGUAUUGUCAAAAGUGUCUCCAGACGUAUCACCCAAAAAGAGGACCUUUGACACACCAUCGGGUGCGGAAACCUUCCAAGGUGGAGGUUGAGGAGAAACCGGUGUUCUGUCGCGACCAUGACUCGGAGACGACCAGUAUAUUCUGUGAUACGUGUAAGGUGCUGGUGUGCCACCUGUGUGUGUGUGAGGGAGUAGGCAAACAUUCAGGUCACAAGAUCCUGGCGCUCGAUGCCGCCUGGAAGCAUCUCAGGGAAUCUGUUGUACAUUCCAAAGAGAGACUGGAGUCCAUGAUGACCAACUUGACAGAGCAGAAUACUCGACUGGACGAAGUCACAGAUGAAAUAGAGCUCCUCCAUAAACUCGCGAGAGAGAAGAUCGAGAGGCAGCAUCGCCGUCUGCUGCAAGAAGUCACGCAGGCCCUGGACCUCCAGAAGGAGGUUGUCCUGGCCAGCAUCGGGAGGCAGCAGUCGCAGGCCUCACUGCAGUACCACUCCCAGUGCGACGCCAACAAGGCGCUAGUCAAGUCCAUGGAGAGCCUGGCAGAAGCCUGCAAGAAACUCCUUGAUGAGGAACAUACCAAGGAGCUCCUCCAGAAGGCCAAGGAUGUCAGUCCUAUCGUCACCAAGGUGGACCAGUUGUCCAAAGAUACGCAGAGUCGUGAUGCGUCCUUCAAGAGUCUGAUUACCCAUCAGUCUGCCCAGCAGGACAUCCGCACCUCAGUGCUCAGGUUCCGAUCGCUGGCCUUCGACAGCCUCAAGUGUUUUACAGGUGACGACAGCGAGAAGUGUGUGAGCCUUGUGCCAACAAUCCGGUCAGUUGCCUCCCCUGGCAAGAGUGACGCCCCUCGAGUACAAAACAAAAGCCUAAUAACAUGGGGCUUCAACUCCACCACCUUCACAGCCGAAAAACUGGAAGAAAAUUCACUGUGGACAAUUACAAUUGAGAAAAACACAAACCAGAUACGAGAUAUAAAGACGGGCUAUUUAUUCGGAGUAGGAAUAUCUUCAGAAGUGCUAAACUACAAGGAUCAAGUAGGCAUGAGUAAAAGGUCUUAUGCAGUUGUUUGUUCAAAUGGGAAUUUACAUUUUUCUCACAAUGGGAAAAUGGAAACGUUGAUGCCGUUGGACACUCUCCCUAUGUCUGUUACAGUCUCCGCUAUCACUGAUCAAAGUGCACGCUUGAUUUUCACGUAUACCCUGACCAGUGCGGUGUGGGGAGACACUCUAGUCGGAAAGAGGAUAAUAGAGGACGAGGCUUUCAAAGACUGUUACCAUCCUGUGUUUACAGUGAGUCAUAGGGUGAAGAUGCAGUUCCCUACACAUGUGUAGUGAUCUCUGAUUGGAUGGUAGCAAGAGUGGCGAUUGGUCGAAGAUUGAUCUGAAGCAUCCAACUAACAAACAAUCAAACACAAGUUUAUGUCAUGGAAUAGUAGUGCUUUUGCAACAGACCGCCAAUGUCAAAACUUGCAUUUGUUUUACUGUGCAAGUGUAAAAUCCAAAGGGGCCACAUUGAAUGAAAUGUUUAUAGGGACUGAGUUGGAUGGAGAGAAUCGGGUAGUACCAACAUACAGAUUCACAGGGAUGUUCACUACAGAUUACAUUUCAUCUUCACAGGUCAAUGGCGUUAACCGACUAUGAAAGACCAGUUUCCACCCUUGCCAAACGAGGCCUGAAUUUCCAGGCUUGAUAGUAGCGCCACCAGUGGCUGUUAAGAGUUAUGUCCCUUCUACGUCCCUCCUAUGGACCAAUCAGAUUCCAUCUCUCUUUCGCUUGCAUUUGCUUUAAACAAAAUGGUGCCCAGUCAAAACG